GAAGAACAAUACACUGGCUAUAACAGACGAAGAUGUAACAAAGAUUCUUGAAACAUUCAAAGAAAGUUUGACAAAAGAAAUCAAAAGAAUUCUCUUGAACGAAAAGGAUAAACUUGUAAUUACCAUGGAUAACACGGGCAAAAGCAUCACUGCAGAAAUCAAUAAAGCUGGAGAAGAACAAAUUGCGAUUAUAAAAAGGACACAUAAAGAAAAUUCAGGCAUAAAAAGCGAACUUGAAACGAAGGGCUCGGACUCGGACCAAGAUUCAGGAAGAACUGGCAAUGACAUUGCACCAGGCGCAUCGAUUGAGAGUCCAUUUAAAAGAGACAGUCCAUUAUGCAAAAUUAAGGCCUGGUUAAUAGAACAGUACCAGUCGAAUUGUGUCGCGCCGGUGUCGAUGCUGGAUCCUGACAUAGAUGUACCUUUAGAACGGAUCUACGUUCCCCCGUCCAUCAAGGAACUUAAGAGAGGCCAGGAAGAUAGAUGUGGUGGGAUUGAGACGGACAAUACAUCAAGGGGGAAAACCGACGUGAGUUGCUACAAAGAGUUGCUUCAUCGUGACGGGAAUCAGAUUAAUACAAUUUAUAUCCAAGGCGAUCCGGGUUGUGGCAAAACGACCUUUUCAACAAAACUGGUUCUUGAUUGGUGUAAUGCCCAUUCGGAAAAUAUUAUCAGCACUGAGACAAAUAUCCCGACAAUGACCACUUCCAGCAAGGAGACGUCGAAAGAAACACAUUUCAGCGAUCUUGACGCUUUGCGAGACUACACAUUUCUGUUCUUUGUGUCAUUACGUGAUUACAGUGGAUCAAUGUGUAACGUCAGUCAGAUGGUCGAGUAUGCAAUAAAAAGCAACAAACUACCUUGGGAUGACAGUGUCUGGGAACAUAAAUGCGUUGUUCUUACAGACGCCGCAGACGAAUGGUACCACCCCGAUUUAUCCUCUCCUCGGCCAUGUGACUAUGCUUGCACGUGCGGUAAAGACCAGAGUAUGCCGCAGUACUUACAGCGAAAAAACAUUACCAACAUUAUAACCGCACGACCAUGGAAACUUGCAAACCGCAGGAUGAGCGAUAGCUUAACGCGUAUGUUCCAAAUUUCCGGCGUUGCGAACUAACAAACCUUGGCGGAAAAUGUAAUUAAUGUUUUAGCUGAGAAAGACGGUAUUUCAUCAAAGGCUCAACAAAGCCAAUUUAAUGAUUUCUUGGAGAAACUAAAGAACAAAAACUUGAUAAAUCUCAUGACAAUACCAGCUAUUUGUGUGCAACUCGUUCAUCAGUUUUACGUUGGACAUUUAAUAGAAGGUUCAUUAUGUGCUAUAUACAUGAAUAUGCUAGAUAUGCACAUAGCCAAGGGAUUGCACAAACUUCAAAUUGAAGAUUUUGACACUGAAGAAAUUUGCGUUAAAGAAAUAGAACACAUAUUUGGAACCGGAAAAAACAAGUAUAUGUCGGCUAAUGGGUCGCUGGUUCGCUCUGCAAGUGCGCUUGCGUUUAAAACACUAACAUACUCUAGUAAAGAAUCGUCGCUUGUCUUUGCGGAAAACACAAUCACAAACCACAUGACGAAAACACAACUUGAUUACUUACUUCAGACAGGGAUUAUCACAAAGAAAAAAUCGUUGGCGCUUAGCCCGCAAAAGAAUAUUCCAUACAUGUUUGUACACAAAACUAUUCAGGAGUUUCUAGCAUCGAUGCAUAUUGCAAUUAAUCAGAUGGACAUUGAAGACAACCUGAACGCCAUACAGUCGGUGUAUUGUGCUGGUAAGUCUAUUCUGGACAUCGGUCAGUUAUUUAUCUUCACGUGUGGAAUGUGUGCUCCAGUGGCUGAAAGAAUGUCAAAGCACAUGAUGGAUGUCUUAACAAGCGACAUGGAAAGAAAGCUGCUUUCUAUUUCAGACCAGGAGAUAAAUCUAUUUUUCACGCCUCAUUUAGCACAAAGAAUU